AUGAGGGAGGCACCAAAGGAUAGGAUCAGUAAUUUACCAGAAUCUCUUCUUUAUCACAUCCUUUCUUUCCUUGGAAUCAAGAAUUGUGCUCGUACUAGCGUAUUAUCAAAAAGAUGGAAUUACAUUUGGACAACUGUUACCACCCUUCAUUUUUGGAAUCUAGUUAUUAAUUCCAUCCCCACUUCUUCCGAGGCCGAUAAAUUCAUGGAUUUUGUGGAUGGAACAUUGCAUCGUCAUAAUUCGUCAAAUGUAGACAAGUUUGUUCUCAGCUGCAAUCACCAAUUGAAUCAAUCUCAGCUUCAUUGUUGGAUUUCUACUGUUAUAAGGGGUAAUGUUAAAGAGCUUAAUCUACACCUACGCCAAGAACACCCCCAAGAGUACCCCUUUUCCAUUCCCCUAUCUCUUUUUACUUGCGCAUCACUGGUAUCGUUGGAGCUACACAUUCAGCCUAAUAUCUGCCUUCCUAAGUAUAUCUCUUUUCCGAGACUCAAGUGCCUUAAGCUUCAUCUUUUUUAUUUUACUGAUGAAUCCUGGAAUGAGGAACUCUUUUCAAAUUCCCGUGUUCUUGAAGAAUUGAUUCUGGACCAGUGUUCUGUUAGUAUGAGUUCUUUUUGUAUCUCAAUUCCUACACUGAAAAUCUUGAAAAUUGAUAAUUGGAUUACCAAGGGAAAUGGUUUGUGUGAUUGUAUUUUAAAAAUUGAUGCACCAAGGCUUGUUACUUUCUUAUAUACUAGUCCUGUUGCAAAAGAAUUUCUCUUGUCUAACUUUUCAGCACUAGAGGAAGCAAUUAUUGACAUCUGCUUUGAAGAAUAUGGUGGUGCAGAAUUAAGUCGGUUACUUCAUGCCUUUGCACAUGUUAUCUACUCUGAUCACGAUCUUUCAAAUAAUUGGCCGACAUUUCAUAAUGUCAUUGUCAGAAAAUUGAACAUAUCAAAUGUACUAUCCACUGAUCUAGGAUUUAUUGGUUUGCUUAAAGCAGUACCUAAUCUGGAGUCACUCGUACUUAGUGAGUGUAUGCUUGAUGAAGAAGAAGAAGACACUAACGACGCUGAAGGUGAUAGGGAUGAUUCCAAUGAGAAUGAUGAUUCCGGUUCCGUUGAGGCUGAAAACAACCACAACAAUCACGAAGAAGUUGUCUCUGACGCUUCAGAGUGCGACAACAAUGAUCAGGGUGUAGCCAAUGAAGAUGAUACUACGGCACUCGAUCUUGCGACUACUGGAUGUUUGUUUCCUCACCUUAAAUCAGUUUGUUUUCAGGAAUUUGCAGGGAACCCACGGGAGAUAAGCUGGCUUAAACAGAUUUUGAGGAAUGCAAAAGCUUUGCAAAUGAUGACUAUUUGUUACUGGUUUUGUGAUUGGCGCUUUGCAAAUGUGAAAAGUGAAGAAGAACUGAAGGCAGAGAUGCCAAGUUUUCCAAGAGCUUCACCAGGGUGUGUGAUUAAAGGGAUAGACUGCCAACUAAUCCACAUUGUACAUGGCUUGAAAUCUGAUUCCAAUUUGAACCAAUGGGAUCUUUAA